AUGAAUCCCACUGUGGAGGACGAGAACGACAGCCAUGCCAGUCCGAACUCGGAGGGCGCACCGAUCCCUUGGUCGGAGAUUUUCUCCCGCCACGAGGCCGUCCUGUGCUCUCACCUCGAAAUGCUGAGCAUGGUGAAGGGUCAGGUUGCGUCGCAGGCUGAUGGGUUUCAGGCGGUGACGUCAAUGGUGAACAAAACAGUACAGGCGAUGAACCAGCUGAAGGUGGCUAGAAAGCAUAUGAUGAACAAAAAUUCCAGCGCAUCGUCUACCUCCAGUCCAUUCAACCCUGCACAACCCGCUGAUAUAGAGGCGAAUACGCGCAAAAAGCGACGGAGAGUAUCGCGCGAGAAAGAUACCCGUUCUGAACCUAUAGAGGAAGUACGGGCCCCAAAACGAUACCGUGAUUCGUCGUCCCAACCCCCCAUUGGGCAAGACGAAGACUUCGGAUCGAUAUCAUUGGGCACCGAGGAUAUCUCAGCAGAAGUCCAGCGCCGACUGAAAAUCAAGGAGGAGCAAAGGCGGAGGAAGGAAAACCCCAAGCCGGACAAGCGCAAGCGCGACAGUCUAGCGUCGAAUGAUGGUGCCUCAUCCGCUGCACCCCGGCCUCGAAAGAAACGGCUCAGAAUGGAAACUGUGCACAAGAGAGAGUAUGAUUCGAUGCUUGAUAACGAAACCGAUUCUCCAAAAAUGAAGCGGCGCAAAACGCCAUAG